GGUCUUCUUAGUAUAUAUUUCCCAACAUUUUAAGAGUUCCAUUUGAAAAUAUAUUUUUUUGAAAAAAAUAUCAUCAUGAAGCUAGGAUGCAUUCUCGUUUUCAUAUGUACUUUCUUCGCCUUCUUCAACCUCACGUUCAUAUCAGCAAGCACAGAAGCGAAUCUAUCGUUUUGUCCGCGUCAUUUGGAUUUGCCAGGGCGUUGUAGCAAUUCUCGCAGUUGCGGUGAAGAUCUGAAUGCUGCAUUUGGAGCAAGCGCCAUGGUUCAAGACUGUAUCUGUGAAGAUCUUGCCAACAAUAUGCACCGUUGCACAUGUUGCUGCAAAUGUCAAAUUGUGAAAGAUAGAAAGACUCUUUUUCUGGCAAGCCUUUUUAGUGAUGGUCAACUAAAAUGUAAUAAAAUCUAAAGUUUAAUGUUAGAAUGAAUAAUCACAUCAUAUUCCAAUAUAUGAGUUUUUAUGA